AUGUCCAAUUUUACAAAACAGAAAUCUAGUCUUUGCCCCACCAUACUGAGGUUACUCCUCAGCAACGGUCGUCAAACCGUUGGGGAUGGGGCUGCUACUUUCGACAACGAGCCUAGUGUGCUUGCGGUGUGCCAUCUCCAAGGCACAGAGAACAAGUACUAUUAUUCCACUACUUUCUCUGGAGGGCCCGAGAAAAAUGCCCUCCAGACGGAGGGCAGUCCAGCGUCUAUUUUUUCCAAUGGUUCCGGUUCCAUUUCUUCCUCUCCAGAAUCUAUUCCUUUCUCCAAAUCCAUCGUUUAUCCCCGCUUGAGUGCGCCUAUCACUACUAUCUCUUACUCCGAAUUUCCUUCCACCGGAUCAAGUCCUCGAACGAUCCCACACAGGAAUGGAUCUCACAACUCGUACUCGUCAACUCCCCCUUUAACUCCUGACCGCGGUAGUGACUUCAGCCCGAAAACACAAUCACAUAUUUAUCCGAAGCGCGAAAGAGACGCCCUUGACUUCCUUAUGACAGUCUUUCCUCACCAAGGAUAUGAUGCCCUCCCUUAUGCUAAAGGCGUUUCUAUCUCUGCCCCCAGUUUAGGUGCCGAUUUUGACGGAGUUGUUCUUGAAUUGCCCGGAAAGCCCAAAAUACUUUAUGUUGAUGGCAAGAGUGCCGCAACGGUGAAUUUGCGUGAAAGUAUUGUUGCAUUGUUGGAACUAGCGGAUGAAAGCCUGGAAUGUGAUGGUCUUGUGAUCGUAUUGGAGAGGACGUCAUCAAACUUGGGUGGCCUCUUGCAUUCACUCAUGUAUGUUGGAGGCUCAGUUGUUACGAGUCCCCCGUUCAAGGUGAACCCCGCUUUUGUUCUGGUUGGUCUCGACGUAUGA